UACUGCGUUUAAGGGAUAUAAUCAGAUUUUAGCUUUCUGUGAAGAAACGUCUUAUGCAAUCUCAGCAUCGCAUCCGGCACGUCGGAGAUAACUAAAUCCAAGUUGCUCGAGCGUUAAGGGGCCGAGUACGGCUAGCGGGAGAGACAAACUUAAUUUGUGUUUGGAGUCUGGUUUCCAGGUUGGUGUUUGCGGUUGCGGGAGGCGAAAUCGGCUGGACCAUGUCGGCCUUCGAGAAGCCUCAGGUCAUCGCCCAUAUCCAGAAAAGCCUCAACUACACAGUGUUUGACUGUAAGUGGGUGCCGUGCAGCGCCAAGUUUGUGACCGUGGGCAACUUCGCACGGGGCACCGGCGUCAUUCAGCUGUACGAGAUCCAGCACGGGGACCUGAAGCUGCUUCGGGAGAUUGAAAAAGCCAAGCCCAUUAAAUGUGGAACAUUUGGUGCAGCAUCUCUACAGCAGAGACACUUGGCGACUGGAGACUUUGGUGGAAAUCUUCAUAUAUGGAAUUUGGAAGCCCCAGAGGUGCCAGUGUAUUCGGUAAAGGGCCAUAAAGAAAUCAUCAACACCAUUGAUGGGGUGGGUGGACUGGGAGUCGGCGAAGGAGCCCCUGAAAUUGUGACUGGCAGUCGAGAUGGAACUGUGAAGGUGUGGGACCCGAGGCAGAAAGAUGACCCUGUUGCUAACAUGGAGCCUGUACAAGGGGAACACAAGAGAGACUGCUGGACUGUGGCGUUUGGCAAUGCUUACAAUCAGGAAGAACGUGUGGUUUGUGCUGGCUAUGACAACGGGGAUAUCAAACUCUUUGACCUCAGAAAUAUGUCAUUACGGUGGGAGACAAACAUCAAAAAUGGGGUGUGCAGCUUGGAGUUUGACAGAAAAGACAUAAGUAUGAAUAAGUUAGUAGCUACAUCUCUGGAAGGAAAAUUCCAUGUUUUUGACAUGAGAACACAGCAUCCAACCAAGGGUUUUGCCUCUGUUUCAGAAAAGGCCCACAAGUCUACGGUGUGGCAGGUCCGACACCUGCCGCAGAACAGGGAGCUCUUCCUGACAGCCGGGGGCGCGGGCAGCCUUCACCUCUGGAAAUAUGAAUACCCUGUUCGACGGUCAAAGAAAGAUUCUGAGGGAGUAGACAUGGGAGUUGCGGGCUCCGUCAGCCUCCUGCAGAAUGUGACGUUAUCGACCCAGCCCAUUUCCAGUCUGGAUUGGAGUCCGGAUAAAAGAGGCCUCUGCGUCUGUAGUUCAUUUGACCAAGUGGUGAGAGUACUGAUUGUUACAAAACUCCACACACUCUGAUCUGAAGACUUCGGACUUGAAACCUUCCGGAGGGACGUACAUGGAGUUUAAGAUGUGGAUCUUAAUGCUGGGCUCCCCUGACCUGCAUUGACCAGAUUUGGAUUUGGCUCAUGAACAAAGGCCCCAGAGGCAAACCUCCAGGCCAGCCCCAGCCUGACCCUGGGUGUGCUCGUGAGCGUGCCACACGCUGGCUUGCUGUCGUGUAUGGGAACCCCAGGACCAGGUCUUAACCCCAUCUCCAUUUCCAAUACAAAGUCAGUAGUUGUCAAUAUUUCAACAUGUUUCAGGUUUACUCUGUGUUCCACAUUUUAUCCUCACACUGGCGGUGUGUUUCAGUGUUGAUAACGUGAUGCUAGGAAUCACUGCAUUUGGUUUCGAGUAGUUUGCCUUGGGAAAAAACUGUGAGUUAACCUCCAUUACUACAUUGUAAGAGAUUUUAGUGUCAGCGAGCUUUAUUUUAUAAAAUACCAAAGUGGAACUGUCAGGCUGUGUCCAACAGUAUAACUCGAAAUGAAACAGUGAUUUACAAAGGCCUGUCUAUUACCUGCAAUACAGGAGUGAAGUCAGUAGCAGUUUUGGUUAUUGAUUACUGCAUAUGAAGGUGAGAUGUUCAAGAUUAUGGGAGUUUUGUAGGCCUAUUUUUGGCCAAUCUUUUUUAAUAUAUUCGAUGACUAUAAACUUGUGUUUCUGAAAGCUAUGGAAGCUUUAGUUCUGUUAAUAUUGUUAAUAAAGUCAAUAUCAUCACUUUUA